GUCCACACGCUAACUCGCCCCAAUGUAGUUUUUUAUUUUUAAGUACUGUGUCUCCCACAUCCAGGACGUUGUCGACCUGAAGAAUUGAAGCUCUAACAUGUUUUAUGCUUUACUAACCCAAUAACGUGUAAGUCAUAGCAGUAUGUAUGAGUCUUCACAGAAGCUUCAUGGAGUUUCACACAAGCCGUGUAAAUUAUUUCAAUAUCUAAGAAUAUUAGGCUUAUUAGGUAAGUGGAGGUAAGCUGUAUUUCGUUUCUUAAAAAUAUGGUACAUUUUGCGAUUAAGAUCAUGAAAGGUGAUAAAAUGUCUAUGAUUAGCAUGUUCUACAAAUAAUGUCCGCCGUACUCAAAUCCUGCAAACUGGUGUGUCCUAUAUAGGUAAGCUUUUGACUUGAGAGCCCUGGGAGGAUACAGCAGUUAGUUAAAAAUGACCUCCUUCACUUGCCUCGUGCUUAUUUACCUCAAAAAGAUCAUCACUGUGUACUCUUGCUCCAGGAAAGACUGUCCUCAAGUGGUCUUGCCGAUUUUUUUUUUGCUAAUGUAUGUCUCUGCAUGUUGAUGAGUGAAAAGGCCUUUGACCUGUCUUACUCAGUGCCCUGCCUUUAAUGGAUGGGGAGUCUGCUAGUCGCUGUGUUUAGAGGACCUUCCUGUGAUCUAUGGGUCUGGAACGGCCCGGUGACAUUCUAAUUAAAUGAAAAGGAUGGAGCACUGGACUGGUUUAGAUUACAAAAGGCCUUAUUUGAAAACCUGAAAAAACAUCAUAUUUUAGCCCCCCUCUCUCUGACACCAUUAUAAUGUAUCAUUGUAACAUAGGAAAUAGUCUAAUACCAAGACCAUGGUAUAGAAUUCUAUAGAGUUAUUGUAGCCUGUGUUUUUUUUUUGUAAGUACCGGUAGGCUUUUUAUUUGCUGUUGUCCAAUUCCAAAGGAAACCUUCUUUUUAAAUGAAAUCAUAGUCAUAUAUACAUAUAAAGACUUUUUUGAAUGAAAUCAUAAUCAUAUAUUAAUUGCAAACCCUACACCAUAUCAACUGUUCCUUUUCUAUGCCACUUUCUCUGAGUGAAUUUGCAGGUUUAUUUUGUGUUCGUCCACUAGGGGGAAGCUAGCUCUUUGUGAAAAGUCUUACUGCAACGUCCCCUGGUGACACUAAGGUAGCACCUUCUUAUGUUGUUGGUCUAAGUUACCAUCUUUAUGUUCAUCAAGUCAUGCUUGGCCUUCAUUGUUAAUUAUACUAUAAUACAUAGAUGCUUAAACCUUAAAAAAUGUUAAUUAUAAUAUUAUAUAAAGAUGUCUAACCGUUAAACAUUGUUGCAAGAAUUUCACCUUUCCACUCAUUUAAAUUAUUUGGUUAUAGUGGUUGGAAAUCUUGAAUAUAGUUGCUAAAUUAAGUGUUGCUAAAUCAGCAUCCUAGCCUGGUUCUCAGCCUCGGCAAGUGUUCCCUGUGAAUAUAGUCUUUAAAUCCUUAGUUGAGGACUGAUUGGCCUGGUAUAUUUCUCACUGGACCAAUCAACGAGCUUAGGCCGAUGGAUUAGAUAAUAGCAAAGAGGAAGUCCAGUUAUUUGAAAACCAGCUGACCAUACACCUUUGGCUGUGGCUGCGCAAAGAUGCGGCUGCUGGAUCAGUGUGGUCAUAAGUUAUGGAUGUUCUUUUGGAUGUAUUUGCUUGACACCUGAGCAGAAAGUCUUUCUGGAGGCCUCUCUUAGGGGGGAAACGAUGCUGUGGCUGCUUAGGCUGCUGGGUGUGCAGACUGAGUCUAGUAGCACAGACUUCAAUGAAAGGGCAAGAACAGAGGACAGCACCGUCACCGUCACAGCCACAGCCACAGAGAACAGGCCGGCUGCGGUGCAGGGCUCCCCGCACGUGGCCCAGCCCUCGGCAUGUAUGAACCCCGCCCUGAUGAGCGCCCCAUGGUACCGGUACCAGGAUGAAGACUCGCCGCCCCAGGAGCACGGAUUCCCCCGCCUGACCAAUGAGGUGCGUGCACCGGAGCUGGUGCACGUGUCCGAGAAGAACCUAUCGGAGAUCGAGAAUGUGCACGGCUACGUGUCCCACUCCCACAUCUCGCCGCUUAAGCCUGCACUGGUUACCCGUUAUGAUCUUACAUACCCGGGUGUGACAGCAGCAAACUACCUGGCAAGCCCCGCCCCAAUCAUAGUCAACACGGAUACCCUGGAGUCCGUACCCUACGUGAACGGGACCGAGAUCGAAUAUGAAUUUGAGGAGAUCACGCUAGAGCGGGGGAACUCAGGGCUAGGCUUCAGCAUUGCCGGCGGCACAGACAACCCCCACAUCGGAGACGACCCCGGGAUCUUCAUCACCAAGAUCAUCGGAGGAGGGGCGGCCGCCGAAGACGGCAGACUCAGAGUGAACGACUGCAUCCUACGGGUGAACGACGCAGACGUGUCCGAGGUGUCGCACAGCAAGGCUGUGGAGGCACUAAAGGUGGCCGGCUCCAUCGUCAGGCUGUACGUCCGCCGGAGGAGACCCAUGCUGGAGACGGUCGUCGAGAUCAAACUCAUCAAGGGCCCCAAAGGUCUGGGCUUCAGCAUCGCGGGCGGCGUGGGCAACCAGCACAUUCCUGGGGACAACAGCAUCUACGUCACCAAAAUUAUCGACGGCGGAGCGGCACAGAAAGAUGGGCGGUUGCAAGUCGGAGACCGGUUACUCAUGGUGAACAACUACACUUUGGAGGAAGUUACUCACGAGGAAGCUGUAGCCAUAUUGAAGAAUACGUCUGAUGUAGUCUAUUUGAAGGUGGGCAAGCCUACCAGCGUUUACUUAUCGGAUCCCUAUGGGCCUCCUGAUAUCACACAUUCGUUCUCUCCAGCAAUGGAAAACCAUAUCUCUUCCCCCGGCAACAACAGCACUAUGGAGUACAAGUCCAGUAUGCCGCCCAUCUCUCCAGGAAGGUACUCCCCCCUCCCCAAACACUUACUCGGGGACGAGGACAUUAACAGGUUGGAUGGUUUUUCCUUCUUACGAAAUGCCUCGAUAGAUGAUGGGGAGGGUCACAGGUUUGAGUCCCAGCACUUCCAGUUGAGGCCUCCUGAGCCAGUUUACAGCACUGUGAACAAACUGUGUGAGCGCGCACCUUCUCCCCGCCUCUAUUCCCCCCUGGAGCAACCCACCCCCUUCCCUCACUACCACUUAGGCCUGCUCCCAGACGCCGAGAUCACAAGGGAGCCGCGGAAGAUGGUCCUGCACAAGGGCUCCACGGGCCUGGGCUUCAACAUCGUGGGCGGCGAGGAUGGCGAGGGCAUCUUCGUCUCCUUCAUCCUGGCCGGGGGGCCGGCGGACCUGAGCGGCGAGCUGCGACGAGGAGACCAGAUCCUCUCGGUGAAUGGCAUCGACCUGCGCGGCGCCACCCAUGAACAGGCCGCAGCGGCCCUGAAAGGCGCGGGCCAGACGGUGACCAUCAUCGCCCAGUACCGGCCGGAGGAACUCGCGUCGUGCUCGCCUCGACGGGCCCCCCCGCAUCCAGCACCAGAGUACGGGCGCUUCGAGGCCAAGAUCCAUGACCUGCGGGAGCAGAUGAUGAACCACAGCAUGAGCUCCGGGUCCGGGUCCUUGCGAACCAAUCAGAAGCGCUCGCUUUACGUCAGGGCUUUGUUUGACUAUGAAAAAGCCAAGGAUAGCGGUCUGCCCAGCCAAGGCCUGAGCUUCCGUUAUGGGGACAUCCUCCACGUCAUCAAUGCCUCGGAUGACGAGUGGUGGCAGGCCAGGAGGGCGACGCCUGAUGGAGACAGUGAGGAGAUGGGCGUCAUUCCCAGCAGAAGGCGAGUGGAGAGGAAAGAGAGAGCUCGCCUGAAGACGGUGAAAUUUAAUGCUAAACCUGGAUCUAUUGAUUCUAAAGGGUCAUUUAGUGAAAAGCGUAAAAAGAGCUUCAUCUUUUCACGCAAGUUCCCAUUCUACAAGAACAAGGAGCCGGGUGAGCAGGAUGGCAGUGACUCCGAACGGAGUCAGGAGGAUUUGAUUCUUUCUUAUGAGCCCGUCAUGCGGCAAGAAAUUAACUAUGCCCGACCAAUCAUCAUCCUUGGGCCGAUGAAGGACCGAGUCAACGACGACCUGAUAUCCGAGUUCCCAGAGAAAUUUGGCUCGUGUGUGCCACCUAACAGUUCAGGGCAAUUGGACACAACAAGACCAAAGCGGGAUUAUGAGGUCGACGGGCGAGACUACCACUUCAUGACCUCCCGCGAGCAAAUGGAGAAAGACAUUCAAGAGCACAAGUUCAUCGAAGCGGGACAAUACAACGACAAUCUUUACGGAACCAGUGUACAGUCUGUCAGAUAUGUGGCCGAGCGGGGGAAACAUUGCAUAUUGGAUGUGUCUGGGAACGCCAUUAAACGGCUACAAGUAGCACAACUCUACCCAAUUGCCAUCUUUAUAAAGCCCAGGUCCCUAGAAUCAUUAAUGGAGGUGAACAAGAGGCUGACCGAGGAGCAGGCCAAGAAGACGUUCGACCGCGCCCUGAAGCUGGAGCAGGAGUUUGGCGAGUUUUUCACAGCUCUUGUUCAAGGAGAAACCUUAGAGGACAUUUAUACCCAGUGCAAAAUGGUGAUCGAGGAGCAGUCUGGACCAUAUAUCUGGAUUCCCUCGAAAGAAAAACUUUAAGGAACAGAGAAUCCUGGCAGAAAUAAUUUGUAAUAUAUGAUAAAUUAUUGCGGCGAUGGUAAUUGUUAAUGAUAAUGAAUAAUAUUAACUUUUUUUUGUUAUGUUUCUUUGUUUUUUCACUUUCAAUAUGAAUGUUCCUGAAUGUACACCACAAAGUGUUAGAAACAUGGCCUCGAAAAACAGACUGUUUGUACACUUAUUAAUUAGUACUUUUAUUUCAGCAAGGCAAAUGAAACACGGUCAACAGUUGAAAUAGGCCCAUGCAAACAGCAGGAGGAAUCUAAAGCGACCGAAUGACCUGGAUAAUCUCACCACCACACAGGCCCCUCCUGUCCAAGCAUUAAACCUCAAUAAGACGGAAGAGUUCCAUGUCACAUUAGUGGUCGACAUUUUUGGUGAAUUUCGCAUCUAUGCACUCACGUAGCCCCUGGACAAUUUAUGUUUUAAUCCUUCUUCCUGUCACAAGUCAGUUUUUUUAUUUUUUUUUAAUUCAUUACAUUUGUCAGAUUUUAUUUGGAAAUGUUCCUUGGGAGAUUUCUAGUUUGAAAUUGUACAUUUGACAACUGUGUUUUAAAAGAUGCUUUAAGUAGACAAAGGGAAACAACUAGAAAUAGGAAAUAUGACACUAUAUUUAUAUUUUGUAUUGAUAGAGGGCACAACAGCACAGGAAACUAUUUAUAAUGAAGAUAUAUAACUUUGUUUAAAAAGAACUUCAAAUGUAUUUUACUUGUACAAUGUAGUGGUGGUGUUGUGUAGAUGUAGUAUUGAUGGGGAUGUUGUAUGACACUGCAUAAAUACUUAGUGCUCCCCAGUCCGCUGUGGACCAGGGAAAGUUGCUGUGUAACGCCGCACUGUGGUGACCAACACGUUUCCGCCCAACUCCAGAGCUGGACUAGUCUGUCCCCUUGCCUGUUAAAGCUCGCUGGAGGCAGGGGAGAUUGGCCCAAGUACCCCCACAGUGCUGAAGGGAGGGAAGAUUGGCCCUAGUACCCCCACAGUGCUGAAGGGAGGGUCUGCAGAGAGGGGAGGAUCCUGGCCGUGCGCUCCUAACACACCCCAGCUUCCCUGAAGCAUAUUGAAAGUGUUUACAUGAAGUCCUGUUUACCUCAGUUAGCACGCACUGAAGAGACGGAGAACCGUUAAGGGCUCCACAUAGGAACGCCCUGUGUGUCUAGCCGUUCCAGCUAGUGUACAGAAAUCCUGAGUGACUCGCAAUCGGAAAAUUGAUCGUUUUAUUUGUGGCAAAUAUUUCAGUGUGCACAUAUGCAGUGCACACAUAUAUUUAUUUAAUGCUUUAUGUAUAUAGUUGAAAAUGUACAUGAAUUUCCUGUAUUUCGUAUUGUAGCCCUUGCCAUGCUUGGCUGCCACUGGUAGUGGAUACCAAACCACAGAUGCCAAAAGCAAUUGACUAGACUAUGUGGAGAAGAUUUCUCUCUGUUUUUGCAAUACUAGUGUGGCUUCUACAGCCUGGCAUCAUUCUGUGGUAAGGGACUUUUGACGUAUUGGUCACCACUUGCCUUAAGAAGGGGAGGAGUCUCCAACAUGGCGGUACUCUACAUGAGUGUGUGACAUCGUUGUAACCCAGGUGAUUAUUCAGAUGGACGACUUCCAAAUGGUACUGUAUGACUGAACCUAGGGAGGGGGUUAAAGUGUGUGAGGUAGAAAGGAUGCUUUUCAACUGUUUUGUUUUCAUGGGAAUGGGAUAAUCCGGUAGCCAUCUACUAAUCCCCUUCUACAGACAAAAGAUACAGGCCAUGACACUUUUCUUCCAAAAAGAAAAACUUUCUCUGAAUUAUAACUAUUAUUUGUAGCAUAUCAUUCCUUCACAUCAGUUAUCAAAAUAAACAGUAUAUAUUUUAGGCAGAAAUGAGGAGUUAUUUGUGUUUUUGUCCCCCUAUGGUCUUUUCAUAUACCUAGACUCUGGCAUAGAUAGAGUAUAUUUGUGUUUCCUCUGUUGGAUGCAAUGGCCAGUGUGGUAGUCAGCAGCCAGUUGAAGUGGUAACUAUUGUGGUGAGAACAGUGACCAGACGCUGUUGCACUGGGAGUGAAACGGGCGAGUGGUGCUCAGCGUGUAGUGCUCUUUAAAGGGGCAUUGAACACGAGCAGCGCAGUAGCAGUGGUUCGAAAUGAAUAAAUGGGUUUUAGUUUUCUCAGGGUUGCCAGAUAGGGCAUUGCGACCACUCAAAUUGAACUCCGCGAUCUACGCAUGUGCAGCAGUUAUCAGAAGAACUUGAACAUCGAGCAUUUUUCCCUUAAAUUUGGCAUCUAGACGUGGAGUCGGCUGUCCUCUGUUGGUUUCGUUAGGUGUUAUGCUGUGGCGGAUGGUUUAACUUUGCUCUUCGUAGGACGUUGGUUUGAGGUCUGUAACUUCUUCACUUCUUCACUGUCCACCAAAUGCCAUUGCAUUCAAGAGGCUCAUCUCGAGUUCUGUUGGUUGAGUCAUCGUUGAUGGUGUGCUGUGUUGUACGUACAAUAUCGGUUGGCACUCCAUUGACGGAAAAAGAUGCACUCAUUGUUUUUAAAAAUACCGUCUCACUCCCUGUCUUCAAGUCUUAAAGAGGUCAUGGCGGCACUUUACAGAGUCAGCUACUCAUCUGAAGAUUUACUAUUUCAAAUUUGACACUACAGUUAUUUCAGCUGUAAUUUCACUUGAGGUAUGAGGUAUAGUGUACACACGAUUGGCCCAAGUUCAUAAGCCCUGUUUUGAGUAUAUAAUAUGUAUUAUUUCCUUUUGUUUAAUUGGUAUAGAAAUGCCAUAAGCACACUUAACACAAAUGUGACUGUAUAGUUACCAUCACUUAUCUGUAACAGAAUAAUUGUUUUAUUUCUGUCUUUGUUUGCUUUUUUUAUUUUCUAAGAAAAAUGAAGAAAAAAGAAAACGAAAUGUGUCCUUUGCAUCAUGUUAAAAGUAUAUACUCCCGAUUGCUUUGAAGAAUCACUUCAAAUACAUUGCUUUAGGUAUACAUGAAGGAGCUCUACUCAGCAUCCGUCUUGAAAAACAAUGUAAAUUAAAGGUUUGGUGAGACUUUUAAA